AUGACGAUGGCCACAGAAACUAGACAAGAAAUUGAUUAUAAAUGUGACUAUUCUCGAAGAGUUUUCACAAUUGCACUAGACAUAGGUGGAACUUUAGCAAAAAUUGUGUUCUCUCCAAUAGAUAGCAAUAAAUUAAUGUUUUAUUCGAUCGAGACGGAAAGGAUAGAUGUGUUCAUUAAAUUGUUACACAAUAUUAUAGAAGCAUGGAACCAGAGCAACUAUGAAACAACACAGAUCAUUGCCACUGGUGGUGGUGCAUUCAAAUUCUACGAUUUAUUAAACAAAGAAUUUCCGAUCCUUUAUAACAAGAUAGGUCAAGUGGAUGAAAUGGAAUGUUUGAUUAAAGGGCUUGAUUUUUUUAUACAUGAAGUGCAUUCUGAGGUGUUUACAUAUAAUGAUCAAGAUGGGAUACGAGAGAUUGAUCAAUUGGUUAAAAGUGAGUCCAAUGGUAUCUAUCCAUAUAUGUUAGUCAACAUUGGUUCAGGUGUGUCAAUUUUGAAAGUUGAUGAACCAAACGUUUUCACUAGAGUUGGAGGAUCAUCACUCGGAGGUGGCACUCUAUGGGGACUUCUAUCUUUAAUUACAGGUGCUAAAACAUACGACCAAAUGUUGACAUGGGCACAGAAUGGUGAUAACAAUAAUGUCGAUAUGUUGGUUGGCGAUAUAUACGGUGCUGAUUACAAUAAGAUUGGGUUGAAAUCAUCAUCAAUUGCCAGUUCUUUUGCUAAAGCAUUUCAAAAUAGGAAACCUGCGCUAGCUUCGUCAAAUAAAUUAAAGAAAGAUGAUAAUGAUAACCAACAAUUUACAUCUACUGAAAUAAUUCAAAACAGAAAUAAAUUUUUUAAGAAUGAAGAUAUUUGUAAAAGUUUGCUUUAUGCUAUAUCAAAUAAUAUUGGACAGAUUGCAUACUUACAAGCAAAGAUUCAUAAUGUGAAAACCAUAUAUUUUGGUGGAUCAUACAUUAGAGGACAUUUAACAACAAUGAAUACAUUAAGUUAUGCAAUCAACUUUUGGUCAGAAGGCUCAAAGAAAGCAUUCUUUUUGAAACAUGAAGGCUAUUUAGGAGCUAUGGGGGCUCUGUUAAAAGGCUUAGAAAAGUAA